UGGAAAAAAUGUUCCUGGUGGUAUCUCGAUUAAAUAAUAUUUCAUUCUGGUUAUUACCACCUUCUUUGAUUCUUUUAGUAGCUAGUGCUUUCGUAGAAAAUGGAGCAGGUACAAUAACUGAAUAUGUAAUGAAUAUUAAAGAAUUAACAGACAUCUUAUUAUUAAAUAAUAAUAUUGAUAUUAGUUUAUAG